CAUCAACCCCAAGAUCCGCCAAUUGAGGCACCGACGCCAGAAGUACGAGAUCAAAAUGUCCGCCGUGCCCCCCUCCCCGCGCUUCUUCCAGCAGCCGCUGCGCUACCUCAAAUGGGCCUCCAUCAACAAGCCCGCAUACUUCUUCUCAAUCAUUGUCGGCUGCACAGGGCCUAUCAUGGUGCUCACGGUCCCGCCGAUUCGCAGGUAUCUCGGUGAGGAGCAAAGGCCCAAGAUUCCGAUGACUUAUCCCAUACCCAAAGGAGCGCGACCAAGGCCGACGGGGUUCGAUGACGAGUAGGAUAUGGGCGAGAUGGAGCGAGAGAAUAGGGAGAGGGAUGAGAAGAGAGCAGAGACAAUGAUAUCAAGCAUGGACACUACAAACCAAGGAGGAGGAUUCGGUGCAUAAGAGGACAACACCUUCGCAGCAGCGACUGUACAAAGAACAAAUUUCUUUCCGUCAACA